AUGUUCCAAAAGGUUUCAGACAAGUUCCACAGAAAGCAACAGUCCUCUGCUUCCAACAAGUCGAACCCUUCCUCUCCGUCAGCCUCCUCAAGAUCCGUACCGACCACGGUAUCAUCGUCAUCAGCGGCACCAGCACCUCUCGCCCCUCCGGUAGAUGCAAAACCGACCCAUACCCCAAUGGAGGGUAUAGAAGGCGGACCCAUACCCGAGAAUCAGACACCCGUCUCGGAGAACCGUACGAUGAGCAUACAAAUGGCCGACGCGUCUGAGCCCCAGCCAUCUCUCAACCGAAAUGAUAGUGGAGCGGAUGAAGAAAGAAUAAGAGAAAAGGCAAGGGAGGCUCAGGAACAGGCUGCACAAGCCCAAGCCAACCUUCAGAUGGCUACCCAACAAGCUCGUGUUGCCGCGAUUAAUGCUGCUGCCACGCAAGCCGCGUUGGAAACGGUCUCAACUACUCCUCAAGACAAUCCGGCACCUGCUACCACCACUCAGCCUCAACGGAAGACAGCAGGAAGAUACGCGCUAUCGGACUUUUACAUUGAGCGAACUCUCGGAACCGGCUCAUUUGGUCGUGUCCACCUCGUUCGCUCCAAACACAAUGGCCGAUUUUACGCGGUCAAAGUGCUGAACAAGGAAAAGGUCAUCAAAAUGAAGCAAGUCGAACACACCAACUCUGAAAGAGAGAUGCUGGUACGGGUCAGACAUCCCUUCCUCGUCAAUCUCUGGGGUACUUUCCAAGAUGUCAACAACCUCUACAUGGUCAUGGACUUUGUCGCUGGUGGAGAAUUGUUCAGUCUGCUCCGAAAAAGUCAACGUUUCCCUAAUUCAGUAGCCAAGUUCUACGCCGCGGAGGUCGCCCUAGCUUUGGAUUACCUUCACUCCCUCGACAUCAUCUACCGGGAUCUCAAACCUGAAAAUCUACUUCUGGGUGCCGAUGGUCACGUCAAAGUGACUGAUUUCGGUUUCGCCAAGCACGUUCCGGAUAUUACGUGGACCUUGUGUGGAACUCCUGAUUAUCGUUACAACAAAAGUGUCGAUUGGUAUGCUCUGGGCGUUUUGAUCUUUGAAAUGCUUGCCGGUUAUCCACCCUUCUUCACCGAAGAUGUCCGAUACCCUUCCUACUUCGACCCCCUCGCGAAAGAAUUACUCAAGAAUUUGUUGGUCGGAGAUUUGACCAAACGUUACGGUAACUUGCGAGCAGGUUCAUCAGAUAUCUUCGCCCAUGGUUGGUUCGCCGAGGUCGACUGGGACAAGCUUUAUCGAAGGGAGAUUCCUGCACCGUAUGUGCCCAAAAUCGAAGGGGAGGGAGAUGCGAGUCAAUUCGAUCGAUACCAAGAGGCAGAUGUCAGUGCAUACGGUAAAGCAGGAACAGGUCCAUAUGACCACUUUUUCACCGAUUUCUAG